AUGGACAGUUAUACGGAAUAUAACAAAGCAAUGAAACUAAACUUUAUUAUGAAGAUGAAGAUGAAAGCAAUGCUUUGUGCUGGUUCCGUUCGCGCCAAAAACACCAUGAACUUUGGUUGGUACAGUUUUAACCCCGGUUCUUUUCUUAAUAUUUUGAAAACUUAUGGUGAAAGUGGUAAUUACUAUGGUCAAUGGAGUGCUAUUGGGAGGACGGCCGUGACAACUACAUUGGCCGGUUGCGCUUCGGCUCUCAUGACUUUGUUUGGUAAAAGGAUUCAAACAGCUGAGAAAUUCCACUAUGAUGAUCCUCUUGAAGCUCCACAACUUCAUGGUAGUUCUGGUACAUGGGGGAAUAUUUUCACUGCCUUGUUUGCCAAGAAACAAUAUGUGAAUGAGAUUUAUGGUGGUUCAAUUGAUAGGCCUUAUGGUUUAUUGUUGAGAGGUGGUGGAAGAUUAUUGGCUGCAGAUGUUGUUCAGAUUUUGGCUAUUGAGGUCGGCGUCAAUGUUAAGAGGUUACAUUCAACUGAAGGUUCAGAAAUUUUACCACGUCCUGCAGUUGUAACAGUGAUGGGUCAUGUUGAUCACCACAAAACUUCCCUUCUUGAUGCUUUGCGUCAAACAUCAGUGGCAGCCAGGGAGGCUGGUGGCAUUACUCAGCAUCUAGGUGCCUUUGUGGUGGGCAUGUCAUCAGGAGCAUCAAUCACGUUUCUUGAUACUCCUGGUCAUGCUGCAUUUAGUGAAAUGCGCGCAAGAGGUGCAGCAGUCACAUAUAUAGUAGUGCUAGUUGUUGCUGCAGAUGAUGGUGUAAUGCCCCAAACACUUGAAGCCGUGUCCCAUGCAAAAUCAGCUAAUGUACCAAUUGUAGUUGCAAUCAAUAAAUGUGAUAAACCAGGUGCAAAUCCUGAAAAAGUUAAACUACAGCUUGCUUCCGAGGGCUUGCUGCUGGAGGAGAUGGGUGAUAUUCAGGUCGUUGAAGUUUUAGCGAUUAAAAAGACUGGAUUGGAUAACCUAGAGGUAGCUUUACUCCUUCAGGCUGAUAUGAUGGAUCUUAAAGCACGAUUUGAUGGGCCUGCUCGAGCAUAUGUGGUUGAAGCAAGACUUGACAAAGGACGGGGUCCAUUGGUGACUACUAUAGUGAAGGCAGGGACUCUAGUUUGUGGACAGCAUGUGGUUGUCGGCUCACAGUGGGGAAGAAUAAGGGCUAUUAAAGAUGCAGCAGGGAGGUUAACUCAACGAGCAACUCCGGCAAUGCCUGUUGAGAUUGAAGGGCUUCGAGGGCUGCCAAUGGCUGGUGAUGAUGUCAUUGUUGUUCAUUCUGAGGAGCGAGCUAGAAUGCUUAGUUCUGGUAGGAAAAAGAAAUCUGAAGAGGACAGGCUUAGGGGCAAGAUGGUGCAGAAUAUCCCAACUACUUCAGAUGAUACUGAGGAGGUUCCGCUGAGGGUUGAAAUGCCAGUAAUUGUAAAAGCAGAUGUUCAGGGAACUGUUCAAGCCGUUACAGAUGCUUUGACAACUUUAAAUAGUCCUCAGGUUUCUGUGAAUAUUGUCUGUUGUAAGGUUGUUGAAGGUUUAGUGAACAGGACAGCAACCAUGAGGCUUCUGCGGAGCGGUGAUGUGGUGUUUGAAGGACCUUGUUCAUCUCUUAAGAAGGAGAAACAGGAUGUGGAUUCUGUGAAGAAGGGAAUUGAGUGUGGAUUAGUUAUCAGUAACUGUCAUGAUUUUCAGAUUGGUGAUGUUAUUCAGUGCUUAGAACAAGUAGUUAGGAAGCCCAAGUUUAUUAAGUCGGAGAGUGGUGCUGUUCGAAUAGAGUGCUGA